CUUCUGCUUCCAAGGAGGGAAAACAGGGCAGGUGUGCAAUGUAUUAGGUGGUUAGAGCAUAGGACUGCGGGGUCAGGGCUGCUCGGUCCUAUUCCCAGCUCCAGGAACCUGUGCAGCGUAAUGGUUAAAGCAGAGGAUGGAGAAUCAGACGCCUGGGUUCUGUGGCUGAUUCUGCCAUUGAAUCACCUUUCUGUAGCUCAGUUUCUCCUUUUGUAAAAACUGAGGAAAUAAUACUGCUCUGCCUCAGAAGGAGGAACCGUGAGGUUUGAUGAAUGAAUGUUUGCAAAGCCCUUUGAGGCCCACUCAGAUGAGAGGAGCUCUCCACGUUCAGUUCAUUGUUGGCACAGUUCGCUUUGUAGAUGUCUGGGAAAGGUUUUGCUUCUGCGUGUUUCCAUUUUCCCUGUUGAAUUUCUCAGUGCUGGCUUGUUGGAGUGCACUGCACCUCAUUAAACUGAUUGUCACUGGAAUAUCAAACCUCACAGUAUUUCUGCCGGAAAAAAAUGUGUGUUCAUCCUUAUAUUAUUCUGCCAGGUUUUUCACUGAUGUUUGCCCCGCCAGGUGUUUCUGCUGCCCAGCCAUUGUCAAGCUUCUAGGAAAUGUAGUUGACAAAGAGUUGGUGAAGUGUAACCAGCCUGCACACCUUUAAUUUGAAGCCUUUAUUUUAUUAUUCAUAACUGCAUAAAUGCAGGGAAAGCAGCAUCAGGCCAUGUGCAAAAAUUGGGCUCCUUACCUUAAGAUGUGUAGAAGAGAAAAAUAUUUAUGAAUACUAUGGACUAGAUCCUCACCUGGUGUAAAUCCAGGUAGCUCUAUUAAUUUUAUACUUUAGCUGAGGAUUUGGCCUAUUAUAAUAGGAUCAAUUUUUUGUUAAUUCUUCUCUGUUUGCUGCACCUGAGAUAUGAAAACAACAUUGGGCCCAAUUCUCAUUCACACUAAGACCUUUUCACAUAUCACUGAGGCACAUAACAAUUGGCGGCAGAUCCUUAGCUGGUCUAAAGUACCAUUGAAAUCAGUGGAGCUAUGACAAUUUAUUAACCGGAGAUUUGUCCCCUGGAUCCAAUCUCUGCUAGCAGGGCUGCUGGUUAGUGCUUAGGAUGAUUCUCUUCCCUUGGUGUUGUCCUAGGUCAUCAAAAUCAACCCAACAAAACACAUGUGACAGGAGCUGAAGUGUUCUUCUCCCCAGCCUGACUUUUCAUUCGCCGGUUGCUGGUCACUUUUGGAAGCCCUCUGGCUAUAAUGAGUUCUAGGGGAGAAGUGAAAGGACAGACUAACAAAGGGCCUUCGGAGUACUUUACUCUCUUCUCUUUUGUUCUGAUGUUAGUAUCAGAGUCAUCAUUCACAUGGUCAGACACAAAAUCAGAAAUGAAGUGGUUUAGGAGAUUAUGCCUGGAGCAAAUCCUGCCAUCAUAAUCUUACCUGUAAUCUGCAAGAGUCUCCCAUUUUACCUCCCUUCUAUUUUAACCCUGAACUCUGGAUGCCCCAGUUGGGAUCCCAUCACCGGCUGUUCCUCAUUGGCUGGAUUAGGAUUUGCUGCAUACUUAAAUGUCAGGUCCUUCUUUGAAGAGGGUUUUGCAAGUUUAAAUUCACUUUAGGAAGUGUGAAACUCUCUCUGGAGGGGUGCCUUUUUGCAGCUCUGUGACCCAUGACAGUGAACUAGAAAAAUCUUGUGCUUGGGUGUUUGGGUUCUCUAAUUAGUGUAACUCCUGUGACAUCAGCUGAUUUUGAAACUUAAAGGCAAAAAGUAAAAUUGAAAAAAAAGAAAAAAAGCCAACCAAACCCCCAACAACCGAGAAGGAGAAGUCUACAAAAUUUCCAUUGUUCCUGAAAAACGUGACCAUCUCUUUGUGUGGAAAUGGGGAACAUGGAUGGGAAAUCCGUGGAAGAACUGAGUGCCACCGAGUGCCACCAAUGGUACAAGAAGUUCAUGACGGAGUGUCCCUCGGGUCAGCUCACCCUGCAUGAGUUCAAGCAGUUUUUUGGUUUGAAAAAUCUGAGUCCAGCAUCAAACAAAUACAUUGAGCAAAUGUUUGAGACAUUUGACUUUAAUAAGGAUGGCUACAUUGAUUUUAUGGAAUACGUGGCAGCUCUGAGCCUGGUCUUGAAAGGAAAAGUGGAACAGAAGCUGAGAUGGUAUUUCAAGCUCUAUGAUGUGGAUGGGAAUGGCUGCAUCGACAGAGGAGAAUUAUUGAAUAUCAUUAAGGCUAUUCGAGCCAUUAACCGAUGUAACGAAAAAAUGACUGCUGAGGAAUUCACAGACAUGGUGUUUGAUAAAAUUGAUAUCAACGGAGAUGGCGAGCUCUCCUUGGAGGAGUUCAUGGAGGGAGUACAGAAGGACGAGGUGCUCCUUGAAAUCCUCACCCGGAGCUUGGACCUGACGCACAUUGUCCGGAUGAUCCAGAAUGAUGGGAAGAACCCGCAGGGCUCGGAGCAGACGGAAGGGGCGGCUGAAUAGAAAAUUUUCAAAACGCUUUUAUUUUUUAUUGUCUAACAUUAUUAAAAAAUUGGGGUGGGGGGUGGGGAAAUUGGCGAGCUGUGCUACUGCCACUGUGAUAAGAGCAUCCUAUGUUAGAAUAUCACCCUAGCAGGGGAAUCAGGAGCUCCUCUAAACAUGUCAAACCAAUUGUGUACGCAGUGAAUUGUGAGGCCAACACAGACCAGCAGUGACAAGAGCCUCUGGGCGUUGGGUGAGCGCUGCCUAGGGAGCAGAUGCAACCACUGCUGCCUCUGUAAAAGGGAGGGAUCAGACUUUAAAGAGAGUGAGCUGCCGAGCUGACUCAUUGCUCUAGAAUCAAAUGAUGCCAGGGACUUCCCGAAUGGUGCCACCUGGGCCUAUUGCCAGCUGGGUGCCUCUGAAUAUUGCUGCUCCCAUGUAGGGAGAGAAGUGAAGAAUGUGUUCCAGGAAGGCGAGAGCAGGAUCACAUAAUACUUUCAGAAGGCGCAUUGCUGAGUGACCACUGUGGAAAUUCAUCUCCGUGCAAGGGGCCCCACAAGGUCGUCACGCCACUUAAGGCUUAGGGUCAAAACCUGACUCCAUUAAAGCCAAGUACAAAACCCUCUGAUUUCAAAAGGAGCAGCACCUGGCUCUCAAUGGGAGCUUAAACUCUGGGGGAAGCCUGAUGUAAACACUGGGGAGGUGAAGUAGGAGUGCACAGGCACUCUGCCCGGGACCAAUUUCCCACUCUGAGAGCAGAGUGGUAACCACAGCUAUGUGACCUAUAUGGAAAUCGGUAUGUGAAAAACACAGGUAACCUUCCAAGGACUUUGCAGAGUCCAGUUCAUAAUGAACAGUUUUUCUGUCAGUCAAAUCAGCAUAGACUCCAGGGUUACUGUGGGAGUUCAAAGCAAAUAGGCAAUAAGGGUGCAAUUUGGACCCACAUAAAAAGGCUCCAGGCACCCCUUAAAUCCUUAACACGUGUAAAUGGCAAUGUGGGCAUCUGUGGACCCCCUGCGCUGUGGUCAGUUGCACCCUAGCUGAACAGAACACUUAAAUUGCAAACCCCUCUCUGGUUAGGCACGUGUAUGUGUGUGUAUAGGGGGAAAAGGAACUAGGUCAUACUUAGAGACAUUUUAAAAUAUAGUAGUGAUGAUUUUUCUCUCUGAGCAGAAAAAUCAAACACACACACAUGCUCACAGAGAAGUCUCCCAAGUAAAAUACACGACAGGAAAAAUAAAUCAGAUAUUUUUGAUAGAAUCAUUUUUCUCCUUAUUAUGUCUUUGAAAGGAAUGAGACGGAGCUUGUGGUAAACCGGAGGGUAAACAAAUUGUAUGGAGUGAAAUGGGAUCAACGAAUCACUUCACAACUCAAAUUAUAGGGUGAAAUUCAGGGCACUUGGGCACAGCUCGAAUCCAUCGGGAGCCCACAGAAUAGACUGUAAGUGGUGCAUGGGCCUUGUGCUCACUUUUCAACCAUAGUGAAAUCUGCCCAGCGUGACAAUGUUCUGUGGAGGAAGAAUUGACUCUAAGAGUGUCCAGGCUAAUCUCUUUUCUUUGACCCACUAUAACUUCCUGAAAGCGGGAAUUCCAGAACAGCUGGAGAAAUGAUCUGGAUCUUCUCCUUCCAUAUGUAUUUUGAGACAGCUGCCCUUUGGUAGUAGCUCUGAUGCUUGCAAGUAAGCAGACGAAGUCAAUGGUUAUGUCACUCAUCCUUUGGUUUGAGGCUAUCUUUAAACUAAAGGCAAUGGAAGGUUAAAAAAACCAACAUGAGCUAGAAAAAAAGAGUGUUGACUUUUUUUCUUUCCUUUAAAAUGUUAAAAACAUAAAUGUGCCUUUUUACUAAUGUCUGAACUAUUCAAACACGCAUCUGCAUGGCCCUGUUUCUCCAUGAAGGAAUUUGAAAGGGCAGCAAUGGCAGUGACUUGAAAGGUAAUGUCUUGUCAUGUGUCUGCAGAAAUAUUCUUGCAUGUCUCAUCUGUACAGAAAGAACAAUGUAGAGUGUCCACUCUUUGGUCUUUGGAAUACUUUUCUAGUUAGCUAUUGAUCCCAAUGAGCCAAAUUUUUGGUUUCAGUUAUUCUGGAUUUACAGUACUAAUUGGUCCAGCUAAUGUAGGAUUUGGAUAGCUGUCAGAAUCACUUUUAUAGGCGGGGGAAAGAGUUUUCAUACAUUUCGACCUCAUUAAUGCUUCUUAUAACAAGUUUGGAGGGGGAAAAAUCCAGAGGAAUAUAACAUCUCUAGAGAAUAUGCAGCUAAGCCCCAACAAGGGUAUAG